CCAUUUUAGCAUGUCUGUCUUUAAUUUUACAGGUUCUGUCCUUAGUUAGAAAAUUUGUGGGGAUAAACAUUCAGAGGUAUUUAACUCAUAAUUUGUAAUUUUUAAGCACAAUUCAAAAAUACUAGUUUUGUUGUUAAAUGUGUACCGUGUUUUUUUUCCACUCCCUAGCAUCAUCAGUAAGCACCAUAAUAUCAACUCAGGUUUUUUCUACUUAACAAAAGUUCUAUCAAUAAUAGGUACAUUUUGUUAUUUGAAUUUGAGGAAAAUCAAGCCUGGACUGGAGAAAAAGAUACAGCAAUUUGAGGAGUAAUGAGUUUACCUUAGCCACCUGGCACCAAGAUAGAAUUUAUGGAAGAGAAUAUGUGAGAGAGCUAGCAAUCAGUCUUCUCUGCACUUAAAGAAAAUAGGAUAAGAAUCGGCUUCUUAUCCAGAAAAUUAUUAUUCAUUUAAUUUGGGAACUGUCGAGAGCUGGACUGGCCAUUAUGGAGGAGGAGCUGCAGCAUUCUCACUGCGUGAAUUGUGUCAGUAGACGGUGUAUGACCAGACCAGAGCCUGGCAUUUCCUGUGACUUGAUUGGUUGUCCAUUGGUUUGUGGAGCAGUUUUCCAUUCUUGUAAAGCUGAUGAGCAUCGACUUCUGUGUCCAUUUGAACGAGUGCCUUGCUUGAAUAGUGACUUUGGAUGUCCGUUUACAAUGGCUCGAAAUAAAGUUGCUGAACAUCUAGAAACGUGUCCUGCAAGUGUGGUGUGCUGUACUAUGGAGUGGAACCGAUGGCCAGUUAGUUAUGCAGACCGAAAAUCGUAUGAAAAUCUAAGCAGAGAUGUGGAUGAAGUGGCACAACUAGAUAUGGCUUUGGCCCUUCAAGACCAAAGGAUGCUCUUAGAAUCUCUCAAAGUAGCCACCAUGAUGUCAAAAGCAACUGAUAAAGUAUCAGAACCUAGAGAACAAAUCUCAAUUAAAUCAAGUGUCCCAGAAAUACCACAUCCUAAUGGUUUGGUGCCUGUUGCUGAAGAAUCCUAUGGUGCACUUUAUCAAGCUACUGUUGAAACAACCAGAAGUUUGGCUGCUGCUUUAGAUAUCCUGAAUACCGCCACAAGAGACAUUGGCAUGUUAAGUACAAGUCUUUGUGCUUCUCCAAAUGAAGUGAAUGAAGAACAAAAUGCCAGCGAAAACUUACAGAAUAGAAACUUGAAAGAUCAGGACCGUCUUUUUGAGGAUGAGAUAGGAGCAGUAGGUGGAAUUGACCAUAACGGCACCGGUCAGAAUGCCCAAUUUGAACAAAAUGGUUCAAGUGAUUUUUUAUGUGACUUGGAUGCCAGUUCUUAUGGCACUCCUGCUCUCUGUAAUGGCUUUCCCUUGGAAAAUAUAUGUGCAGGGGUCAUAGACCAGAAUUUACAUGAUGACUCCAAACAAAAUAACUUAACAAACGGAGAAUGUGUAGUAUCCGAUGGUACUUUAGAAUCUUCUAGUUCACUUGCAGUAGCAGCACAACUUAGGGAAGUAAUACCAUCUAAUGCUUUGCCUAAUGGCACAGUUCAGCAUAUCCUCAUGGCAGAUGAUGAUGAAGGAGAUUUGUGUCGGAGAAAAGUAGACUUAGGGGACCUGAGGAAUGUGGAUGUCUUGUCUUUCAGUCAUCCUCCUUCAUUCAAAUUUCUUUCUAAUUCAUGUUGGUCUAAACCAAAGGAAGAUAAAGCAGUAGAUACAUCAGAUUUGGAAGUUGCAGAAGAUCCAAUGGGCCUCCAAGGAAUAGAUCUAAUCACAGCAGCACUACUGUUUUGUCUGGGAGAUUCUCCGGGUGGGAGGGGUAUAUCUGAUAGUCGCAUGGUUGAUGUUUAUCACAUUGACUUUGGGACUCAGACUUUUUCACUUCCAUCGGCAAUAUUAGCGACAAAUACAAUGGUUGGGGAAAUAGCUUCAGCUUCAGCUUGUGAUCAUGCCAACCCACAGCUUUCAAAUCCAAGUCCUUUUCAGACACUUGGGCUGGAUUUAGUAUUGGAAUGUGUCGCUAGGUACCAACCCAAGCAACGUUCAAUGUUUACAUUUGUUUGUGGACAGUUAUUUAGAAGAAAAGAAUUUUCUUCACAUUUUAAGAAUGUGCAUGGUGACAUUCAUGCUGGACUCAAUGGCUGGAUGGAACAGAGGUGUCCCUUAGCAUAUUAUGGUUGUACCUAUUCUCAGCGUAGAUUUUGUCCAUCAACACAAGGAGCAAAGAUUAUACAUGACCGCCAUUUGAGGUCAUUUGGAGUUCAGCCAUCUGUAUCUACAGUAUUAGUAGAGCCUGCUAGAAACUGUGUGUUGGGAUUACAUAGUGACCAUCUAAGUGGUCUUCCUUUUGAGGUCCUGCAACAUAUUGCAGGCUUUCUUGAUGGUUUCAGUUUAUGCCAGCUCUCUUGUGUGUCCAAGUUAAUGAGGGAUGUGUGUGGCAGCCUUCUUCAGUCUCGUGGAAUGGUCAUACUGCAGUGGGGGAAAAAGAAGUAUCCAGAAGGAAAUUCGUCAUGGCAGAUAAAAGAAAAGGUAUGGCGAUUCAGUACUGCAUUUUGUUCUGUCAAUGAAUGGAAAUUUGCUGACAUCUUAAGCAUGGCUGACCACUUGAAGAAAUGCAGUUACAAUAUUGUAGAGAAACGUGAGGAAGCAAUCCCAUUGCCGUGUAUGUGUGUGACACGAGAACUCACUAAAGAAGGACGGUCACUUCGCUCAGUUUUAAAACCUGUACUUUAGAAACUGUAACUCCACUUGCACAUCCAUGCAAGCACCUAGUAUGAUUUCUUUGUAGUAUGUGACACUUUAUUAAUGUAUUAAAGAGUACAACUAGCUAAAUUUAUUGUCACUGUGUAUAUAACGUUUUGAAGUGACAUAUAUUUUUAUAAAGUACUGUUUAGUUGGAAAAAAAUUGCCUUAAUGUUUGAAAUGUGUGAUUUUUUUGGAACUUGCUGGACAGGGUGAUUUAAUUUUUAGCUAAUAAUUUUUAGAAUUAGUAUUUUUAAUGGUGUGCAUAUUUUGGUUCUUAAAUUUUUUGCUUCUUAAACUAACAAGAUCCUGACCAAACAGUUUUCCUCAUUUUUUCUGUGGGUUACAACCCAUGCAUUCAAAAAGCAAAACUUUGAUUCUGAUUUUUACAUCAUAGGCUUUUGAAAUAAAAACUUUGAAUUGCUUAAACACUGCAUAAGACCAUUAUAAAAGUUUAUUUUCUAGUGCUCCCUUAUAUAAUUGUUGAUAUGUAGGUGAUCUCUCAUAUAUACAUAAUGUUUAAAAUCAUGAGUAAUAUUUGAUAAUGCCAUUUAUCAUGUUUUAAAAAUAGUCCACAAACGUGUUUUCACCUUACAUAUUUAUAGCUCUCUUACGGAGAGUGACCAUAUGCAGCUUUUUUUUGUUAGAUGCCACAUCCAAAGACUCAAGGCAGCGUGCUAUAUGACAGGUUAAAGCAAAAUCAAACAAAAAGCCUGUGAAUUUAUUUAAUUUGAAGCUGUAUAUGGUAUUUUUUAUAUAUGCUACGUAUUUGAUAUUUAGAGAGAAGAAAAGAAAGUCGGGCCUUCAUAUCUGCAAAUUCAGUAUCCGUGGAUUCAACCAUGAUGGAAAAUAAUUUGAAAAAAAUUUUCCAUAAAAUUCAAAAAGCAAAACUUGACUUUGCCCCUCACCUAAACUAUUUACAUAGCACUUACAUUAUAUUUACAACUAUUUACAUAAAAUUGACAUUGUAUUAGGUAUUCUAAGUAAUCUAGAGAUGAUUUAAAGUAUAUGGGAGGGUGUGCAUCGGUUAUGUGCAAAGACUACACCAUUUUAUAUAAGGGACUUGAACAUCUGUGAAUUCUGGUACCACACGGGGGUCCUGGAACCACUUUCCCGUGGAUAUUGAGGGACGACUGAAUACCUCAUUUUAAGUUUGAAUUGGGCAUGUUGUGUGAAUAAAUUUCAAAUAAUCAAAAUGUAAAGGGCUUAACUUUUUUUCAUAAGCAUUUAAAAUUACUGCCUUUUGAUGUUUCUAAAAACCACAAUUAUGUUGUUUUAAGACAUUUAAAAGUGUGACACUUGAUAUCUUUGUAAGAUGACAAUCGUGAAAUGCAGAAACCUGUCUUGGCUGACAAUCUCUAAAACAUUUCCAGGUUAAUAUUCCAUAGACUUUGCUACCAAAAAGUAAGAAUUGCAUCUUUGUGUAAAAAUCAAAGUAUAACAAAAAUAUUCAAAGACCUACUCUUGAACUAUUUUAUUAUAGUUUUCAAAUUGAUUUAUACUAUUAUUAACCUGAUAUGAUCAGUUUGAAAAAAUGAAUAUGUCAGUAUUAAGAAAUAAAUUGCAAGGAUGGGAACAUGUACUUAAAUAAUUUAGGUAACUUCUGGCAUUUGGUAGUCUGAAAUGGUGACAAAUUAACCUUGUUAUAAAAUUUCAAACCUCUACUUUGUCUUCUCUUCCUACAUGUGUCCCUGAGAGUGCUCUGUUGUUAACUAGGUUCUUGAUUCCCAUAUAUGGCAGUCGGGCUGGGCAGAGGCGUUCCUUGGGCAUUAGGAAAGAAUUCUGAACUACUUAAGACUUGUUUUGGUUGGAUCAAAUCCUUGUUACAGUUGAAAACUAUAGCAUUAAACACUAAUCAAUUGUUUUGCUUCACUUGUCAUUUUAAUUAGUAGAAUACUUACUUCUCAGUGCUUAAACUAUCUUUUUCAACUGAGAGAUUGAAUUACAUAAACAGCCUCUGAGAAGAAGUCAGAAAUGAGGUAUCAAAUACUGUAAACUGUAACUGCCUUUUAAAGUUUUGCUGAAGAAUGUGUCUGGUUAGGAUAGCACAAACAUUAACUUGUUUUAUGGUUGUGCUUUUUAAAAUCCUUGUUCUUUAAGUUUUGACUUUUUGUUCUCCACACUGGAUCAUGAGGUAUUUAACAUGUUCCACCUUUUAUUUCUUUUACACAUCUCUGACAGUUUGUUGUUGUUGUUGCUGUUAUGCCACCAUACUAUUUUGUUAAAAUGUGUUCUUUGUGCAACAUUUGUUCAGAUUCUAAUAAAAUUAAUAUUUUCCUGUA